UAUUAUUAACUAAAAUCAGUAAGUUCUUAAAAAUUGUGUUUGUAAUUUUAGUUGUGUAUAUUAAUGUGUAUAUAAUGUUUAUUUUUAAUGUUGUAAAAAAUUUAUUCUAUAAUUCCAAAAAUAGAGACUACUUUUACAUCCUUAUAGAAAAUUUAUAAUUGUUGAAAUUAUAUAUACAUAUGUUGAUAUAUUUUAAAAUUAUCAAAAUUAAUAUUCAAUGAUUGAUGGCAUUUUUAAAAAUUAAGCUUUUUUUGCUUAUAUAUGUUAUAAUAUAUAAUUAAAAAUAAGAUUUUAAUUCAAAUGCCAUGGAUUGGUUUCCAAAUUGAGGAGGAGAACUGAGUGAUUUCUAAAGAACACAAGUUGAAAAGUUAGAAUGAAUAUUUAAAAUUAUCACCCUUUUGAAAACACAAGGGCUUGUAUUCAAAACGUGCUUCUAAAGGUGUAGCGCGGUAUUUUGUCAUUGUACCUUGUUUUAUGUUUAAUAAAUGAUAAAGUGCUCAACUUGACGCUACAAAUGCUUUGAAGUGUUUGAUUGACAGUCGUAACAAAGUAUGAAUUGACCGAUCAAAAAUGCUUCAAAACAUUUGUAAUAUCAAGUUGACCAUAGCUAAAGAUAGAAAAAUGCAUUAACAUCUUUAUAAGUGCAUUCUGAAUAUAGGCCAAGUUUUCUUCUAGCAAUUAAUCAAAUUAGUCUAAAAAUGAAAUAUAAAAUUAUUUUUAAGAGAGGGCAUGUCCUUAUUGAACAGUUAUUAACAAAAAAGUAUCAAGUUCAUGGAAUCAUAAUAUAAUAAUAUAAACAUUAUUUUGUAAAGAGGGAGAUAUGGAUAGAUCUCACCUGAAUUCAUUUCACCUGAAAAGUCGAAAAUUUAUGUGAAACAAAACAAUUAUAGAUUGUUAUUUUUUAUAUUUUUAUAAUCUGUUAAUUGUAAUAAAAACCUGCUUUCAAGAGAAUGGCACUUUUAGAUAGUUAUCAAUAUGUAUUCAAAAUUCUCAUUAUUUAUGUUUUAUCUAAUUUUGCGCCUAAAGUACGUUAUUAACAAAUACAGACUGGUAUACAUAGUCUUAUACUUAAAUCUUAUACUUAAAAUUUCAUUCGUAUUAAAUUGUCAAAUAUUAUAAAUCUUAAAUUAUCAUUAAUCAAUCACAGAACCAAGACUAAGGUGAUCAGACAUCCUGGAUUGUGCAGGACAGUCCCGGAUAUUAGCUGUUUAUCCCGCAUUCAUACUGUUCCGGAAAAUGUCCCGAAUUAGACCGAAUGUCCCAGAUUUUUGAACUCUUAACAUUUUUAUCAUUUUUAACAUUUAUAUUUUCAGUGGUACAAAUUGCCAUUUUAUUCCUUUAGAUGGCAAUAAUGCAAUUAUUAUUUAUAUAUUCUUAUUUAUGUGGAAAGUUAUAAUAUUUAUAUACUAAUUUAUUGGCCAUAAAAGUUAUAUGUAUAAGUGCAAUGUACGAGAUAUAGUGUUUCUUCAUAAAGACUGUAUUAAUUAAUAAGACUAAAAAUUUUAUGUUAAAUUUGGUUUUAUGUUUAUUUAUAUACAUAUAUAUUAAAAUAUAUGUAACAUUAAUAAAGAAGAAAUAAUGUUUUGUUAUCUAUAUUAAUAAAAUUAUAUAAAUAAACUUUUAACUUUAACAUUCAAAGAUAAACGCACAAUUGGAAAGUUUUUUUGCUUUUCAACGUACGUCCCGCGUCUAAUAGUUGCGAAACAUCUGGUUACCUUAACCAAGACAUUAAAGACGGUACCACGGUAUGGGGUAUGGCUGCCUAGAAUUUUUUUCUAAGGGGGUUAUAAAUUUCCUUAACACAUAAGUAACAGCAGUAAUUUUUUGUUAAUGCAUUGGAUUUUUGGAUUAAUGAAGAAAAAAUAUUUUACGUAAUAUUUUACGAAAAAUAUUUUACGAAAAACUUAUAGUUAAAGUAAACUUUACUCAUAGUUAAAAGUAAAAUCGUAUUCUAUAAUUCAAUAAUUAAAAAUGAAAUAUAUAUAAAUUUUGGGAAAAAUAAAUUUUUGAACCCUCCAAUCCCUCCACCCUGGGUACGCUAAUGUAAGACAAUCUUGAAAUAAAAUUCGAUAUAAGAUGAAUACCAGCCAUAGAGCAAUAAAUAAUCUCUUAAAAGUCCGCUCUAUAGACUUCAAGAAAGAGCUGUUUACAAGUGGUGCGCGCGCCCGGGCGUGCGUGCGUGCGUGCGUGCGUGUGUGUGUGUGUGUGUGUGUGCGCCAUGUACUUUUUGCGUGCAUGUUUUAUCGUGUACGCGCGCGUACUUCAGAUGUUUUCAUACCGCGCGACGCACACAGCUAGGAUGAGCAUAGGAACGAGAAUUCUAUCCCGAAGUCCCGAAUUUUGAUCGUGAAUCGUGGACCGUCUGAAGUAAGCGUAAGACUGCUGAAGUUCGUGCAUACGAAGGUAAUAGAGGUUUUGAGAACCCCGGUUUAAAUGGGUAAUAUACUUCAGACGGUAAGAAACGGCGAUCAUCUUUCAAUAACGAUCGCUCAGCAAUUCCUGGAUUUCUUCAUGCUCUACCGCGAUGUUUUUUCUUUGUGUACAUAGGACAAUAUAAAGGCCCGUAUGUGCCACAAAAUCGAAAAUGUCGCCGUAGGAUAUCUUUCUGCGCGAUUUAUCACUCUGCCAAGGACUUCUCAGGUUGCCUUUUUGUGUAGUGGGUGAAGAGAAGUGGCUUUUGCGCCUCGCCGUCAGCCUCAGUCGCGCGCGGACGAAAGGACAGACUCGUGUGACUUGCGAUUGUGCCGGCUGGACGAAUUUUUAUCACACAGGCGAGUGCGAGACCAGAGAGGCAAAGCCCAGGAGGACAGUAUCGCGAGUCUGACAUUAAUCUUCGUCCCGUUGACGGAUCUCCGACGAGGGUUUAAUUGACGAUUUUGCUGUUCUUUAAUAGGUUCGUACCCAUUGCAGCAGAGUAUGCGGACACAAAACUACGAUGAUAUCAGAAAAAAGAUGAAGAAUAAUGUAUGUUCAUUUCCCAUGAAGUCCUUCAAAAUUCUUACAAUGGAAGAUACAAAUAUCUUUAAAGGAAAAGCUAUUGCAAAUAAAAAAUUCCAUAAUGUGCAGCUUAUACGGAAUUUGCCUAAUAUUUUAAGAAGUAAUAAUACAAAAGUGUCUAGAAAUCAUAAGAGCUGCAGCGAUACGUCCUUUACAUCCAGUAUAGAAGAUGGAAAUACUUCUUUGGAAUUAAAUACGACAUUAUCCAGCAUUGAUUUAGAUAUGGAAAUCAAUUAUAAUAAAACUACAUCACCAAAGCCACAUCAUCAAAGGAAACAAGUGCAUAAUCCGUUGAACAUGCAAUAUGAUAUUUCUGAUUGCAAUAAUAACAAAAAUAAAAAUGUUGAUCAACUAAACAUCUUACCUGUAUCAGAAAGUUGUGAGGAAAAUACACCGACAAAGAAAUUGAAGUGUCGUAAUAAACAGAAGAAGCGGUUGCUUGAUAAAAAGUUGAAAAAAAUAGCACCUCGCAGAUCCAGUAACAGAACGCAAAUAUCACAUAAAAAGUCAGACAUGUUGACCAUUGUUCCAGACAUUGAUAUGAAGAGCACUAUAGUAGUACAAAAUUCUAGUAAUUUUUUGGAGAAUAAUAUACUUACUCAGUCUGUUAACAAUCCCAAUUUUCCAACUAUAAAUGUAAAUGAUUUAAAUGACAUUGCAACAAAAUUAUUGGAGCCAUCUAAUAUUUUUUAUAAUAACAACGAAAUUUGCAAUAUCAAGCAAUGUGAUACGAAUCUUGAUCAUGUUAUUCCUUGCAAGAAAACAGAGUUUAACACGAUGCAAUAUGAAACUGUCCAAAGAGAUCCUACAAGUUACGAGUUACCAAUAAUAGAGAAUAAUGUACAACAAGAAUCAAUAGAUAGAUACAUUGGCUCUAAUGUUUUAUGUGAACCAAAAAUGUUGUAUUCUUGUUCUUGUGCAAAUUGUAUGUCACAUGACAAAGAUAUCAUAUUUUAUGAAGAUCCAAAUUCAACUUCCACAAGCAGUGAUGAUAUGGAAACAGAACUGUGCACAUAUGAUUUAUAUACAAAUAUAUAUGACUUUUAUAUCAAUAACUAUUUUCAUGUAUUUGGUGAUAGUGUGAUUGAUUUUGAAAAGGCAAAUCUUUGCUGUGAAGAGUUUGGCGUGAACAGUAUUACGAAAGAAAAUACAUGUACUGACUGUAAUAAUACAACAGAGCUAAUUAAAAGUAAUGCAAACAUGCUAUCCAUAGACCAAAAUAAAUCACAAAAUUUACAAUCUUAUCAUAUUGAUAGAAUACAAGAUGUUUGUGUAGAAUCAUAUCCUUCAGAAUUCGUUGCAUAUCCUAAUGAAACAGGAAAAAUAGAAAAUGUAAGAGUUUUCAAUGAAACGGAUAUCUCUAAUUUUUUAAAUUUAGAAAAUUUUUCGACGAAGGAAAACAAAAGAAUUUCUCAAAAUGAAACACUGAUUCAAAACGUUAGUUCAAGCGAUGUACCUGUUUUCAACUCUAAAUGUCAGACAUCGGAAAAUAAUAAAGAUUUCUGUGUUCUCCAGUGUUCUCAGUGUGGAAAAUUAUUUCGUAAAAAGCAUCAAUUAUGGAAACAUUUUUCUAAUUGUGACUUUUAUAAGGAGAAUUUUCAAUGUCAUAUCUGCAAUAAAAUUUACAGACAUAAAUCAUCAUUAGCUCAACAUUUACGACUAGUACAUAAGGCUAGUACACAUGGUCGCCACGAGAAGUUCUAUACUUGUAACAAGUGUUCAAAAUCAUAUGUUAGAUUUCGCGCUUUUCAAAGACACAUGCUUCUUCAUGAUGAUUAAUAAGUCUAAUUGAUAUCACUGAUAACUGGUUCCUAAUGUGACAUUCUUGAACUGAAAUUGCAAAAAUCGUAUGUGACAUCACAGAAGUACACAUAGAAGUACACAUAGAAGUACAACGUAUUAAGAGGAUGCUAAACUGUCCGUCAAACAUGAUCGAAAUCGAUAAUGUAGAAUUAUUCGUUUAUUCAUAAAAAUAUUCGCUUCAAAAUACAAAUUAUGUAGCUUGUACAUACAAAUGAAUAGUAUUCCUUAGUUCAAAUUUGAUCACAUAAAUAACUUUUUUUUAAUGGCUUUAAUCGUAAUUUGACGAAUACAGUCUUAUUCCUCAAUCUCUAUUCUGAACUGAGGGAUACCAUUUAUUUGUACGUAUAAGCUACAUAAUUUGUAUUUUGAAGUAUUUUAUGAACAAGGCUAAACGAAUGACUACAUUAUCGACCUCGAUCAAGUUUGACGGACAGUUUAGCAUCCUCUUAACUGUUCGAUAUGUAUU